AUGGGCAAAUUGACGAAACUAUCAUCGGAUCUAACGAAAGUAAUAUUGGUUGGAGAUGUGAACGACAAUUUACUCAAUUCAUUAUUGGGGAACGAAAAUUCCAUAUUGCAACAGAAGAAUGAAUUGUUGGUGGAUACAAAAUACUACGUCGCUUGCUUGAAGUUAGAAUCGUUGAAAACAAUUGAAAUGAUUAAUGAAUGGAAACUUUCGACACCGAACGUAAACGUUGGUGCUGUUAUAUACAACUAUGAUGGGGAAUUCCGUUCCAUUGAGCGGUUGAAACAACACAUGUCCAUAUGGCAGGCGGAAAUUCAAGUUACUGUUUGUAAGCGUUUGGAACGUUCAGCGGAUUGGUCGGAAAAUUUGUAUCGUUUCUGUGCCGGUGAACAGAUUGAGUUAGUGGAACUUGACCCAGAUGCUGAAACAAUAGAAGAGCUAAAUGAAUGCCGCGAACUUUAUGGAGUACCUCGUAUAUGGCAGAUCUUAGAAGCUGGAAAUUGGAGUAAUAAGAUAAUGAAGAAGAAUCCACUGGAAUCGAAUAAACAACGAGAUUUUAAGAAAAUUGGUCUCAUUAGUAAUCCUGCUAAAAAGUCUUCUGAAGAUUCUUUUGAUGAUGAGGAAUUUGGAUCAAGGAUUCACGACAUGACGGAUGAAGACAAAGACAUGAUAGUAAAGCUAUUUGGAGGGCCAAAAUUAUCAUUCGAUAAUUUGAUGAAAGAUGUAGAUGUUCCGGAUCCUACAGUUACUGAAUACUUCAGGCAGGAAACGGAAAAACUAAAGCGACAAAACAAAUUAGUUGCUAGUAAGAGGAAAAAGAAGAAGAAGUCAAAAGUUACGACAACUAAUGAAUUUGGUGAAUUUGUUGAUGCGAUCAGUUCGACACAAAUGCCAAAUGAUGGAGCGACGCAAAACUCGUCGGAUGUGAUGGGUUUAACGAAGGACAAGCACACAGAUGUUGAUGUAAAUGUGCAGGAAGGACAGGAAUCAAGUGGUGAUAAUUGCAAAGAUUAUCAAGGAAAUUCCAAAAAAAACUCACAUGAAUCAAAUAGUGUUUCGCCUUCAAUAAUCGAUGGAUUAUUUGACAGAAAUAUCGACAAACAGGGCACAAGUUUGGCACGAUUAGCGUUACUCAAAAUGCCCUUUGGUCCAGAACGACAGAAUUUGGCAGCUGAUACGAUGUUUGCUAUGAUGAAAUCAAUUGGAGAUAGUGAUCUUUUCAAUAGUUCUUCAGAUGAUGAACUUCACACCUAA